AUCUGUCUCCACUUAACAAUUGAAUCACCUGCUCUGCUCUCUUGUCCCUUCGGUCGACCUCCUCUACAGACUGCCAGGCUCACUUGUCCCUGCCUCCUCCCAUGGCGUCUCCACGCGAGGAUCUUCCCAUGGAGGAAGAGGAGCACCGCCCUCCCCUCACACGGGCCCUGCUCCACCGGAGUGCCACCAACAACACCUCCCAGGUGGCCAUGGUCGGCUCCAACCCCUGCCCCAUCGAGAGCCUCGACUACGAAAUGAUAGAGAACGACCUGUUCGACCAGAACUGGAGGACGAGGGCCAAGGCCGACCAGGUGCGGUACGUGGUGCUCAAGUGGACCUUCUGCUUCGCCAUCGGGAUCCUAACCAGCAUAGUUGGCUUCGUCAUCAACCUGGCCGUUGAGAACGUCGCCGGGUUCAAGCACGCCGCCGUCUCCGCCCUCAUGGAGUCCAGCAGCAGCUACUGGACAUCGUUCUGGCUGUUCGCCGGCUCCAACCUGGUGCUCCUGCUGUUCGCGUCGUCGAUAACGGCGUUCGUGUCGCCGGCUGCCGGCGGGUCGGGGAUCCCGGAGGUGAAGGCCUACCUCAACGGCGUGGACGCGCCCAACAUCUUCUCGCUGAGGACCCUCGCUGUCAAGAUAGUGGGGAACAUUGCCGCCGUAUCAUCCUCGCUGCACGUUGGCAAAGCAGGACCAAUGGUGCACACCGGAGCGUGCAUCGCUGCCAUCUUCGGACAGGGCGGCUCACGAAAGUAUGGCCUCACCUGCCGCUGGCUACGCUACUUCAAGAACGACCGCGAUCGUCGUGACCUCGUGACUAUCGGUGCCGGUGCCGGGGUCGCUGCCGCAUUCCGUGCGCCAGUCGGUGGCGUGCUGUUCGCCCUCGAGUCCCUCUCGUCAUGGUGGCGGAGCGCGCUGAUCUGGCGGUCAUUCUUCACGACGGCAGUGGUGGCGGUGAUCCUUCGGCUAUUCAUCGAGCUGUGCGGGACCGGGAGGUGCGGGAUGUUUGGCCAAGGCGGGCUGAUCAUGUACGACGUGAGUACGAUGUUCGACGACCUCAUGACCUACCACCUCAAAGACAUCCCCACCGUCAUCCUCAUCGGCGUCACAGGCGCCCUCCUGGGGGGUCUCUACAACUUCCUCAUGAUGAAGGUCCUACGAGUCUACAACAUGAUCAACGAGAGAGGCGGAGUGCACAAGCUGCUCUUGGCGGCCACCGUCUCAAUCCUAACUUCUUGCUGCGUCUUCGGAUUGCCGUGGCUGGCGCCAUGCCGGCCAUGCCCGACGACGGGGCUGCCUUCGUCGCCAAACGGAACCUGCCACGCACUGAACCGUUUCCGGCAGUUCCACUGCCCUCCGGGCCACUACAACGACCUUGCCAGUCUGUUUCUCAACAUCAACGACGACGCCAUCCGUAACCUCUACUCCACCGGCACCAACGACGUCUACCACCCGGGCUCCAUGAUCACCUUCUUCGUCGCAUCCUACACUCUUGGCGUGCUUAGCUACGGUGUCGUCGCACCAUCGGGACUCUUUGUCCCCAUCAUACUCACCGGUGCCACGUACGGGCGCCUCGUCGCCAUGCUGCUCGGUGGCCACUCCGGCCUCGACCAUGGCCUCGUUGCCAUCCUCGGCUCCGCAUCCUUCCUCGGCGGAACGCUCCGAAUGACGGUGUCAGUGUGCGUCAUAAUCCUCGAGCUCACUAACAACCUGCUCUUGCUGCCGCUCGUCAUGCUUGUGCUGCUCAUAUCGAAGACGGUCGCAGACUCCUUCAACUCCAGCAUCUACGAUCUAAUCCUGCUGCUCAAGGGGCUGCCACACCUUGACGGACAUGCCGAGCCGUACAUGCGGCAGCUGACCGUUGGCGACGUGGUGGCCGGACCACUGCGGAGCUUCAACGGCGUGGAGAAGGUCGGGAACAUCAUGCACACGCUCCGGACCACAGGGCACCACGCCUUCCCCGUCGUGGACGAGCCGCCCUUCUCGCCGGCGUCGGUUCUGUACGGGCUGGUGCUCCGCGCGCACCUGCUGGUUCUGCUCAAAAAGAGGGAGUUUCUGACUGCGCCAGAGCGGUACCCGAAGGAGUACGUGGCCAGGAGGUUCCAGGCGGAGGACUUCGACAAGCGGGGGUCCGGGAAGCAGGACACCAUCGGCGAUGUGGAGCUGUCUCCGGAGGAGAUGGAUAUGUACUUGGACCUGCACCCGUUCACCAACACGUCGCCGUACACAGUGGUCGAGACCAUGUCGUUGGCGAAGGCACUCGUGCUCUUCCGGGAGGUCGGGCUACGCCACCUCCUUGUCGUGCCCAAGGCCUGCGAUAGGUCGCCGGUGGUCGGAAUCCUGACAAGGCAUGACUUCAUGCCAGAGCACAUUCUGGGGCUGCACCCCGUCCUGCUCGGCAGCCGGUGGAAGCGGCUCCGGUGGCAGAAGGGCGCGGUCGCCAAGUACUUCCGCUCCCUCCUCGUGUGGCUUGCCAACAGCGGCUGAAGCAGAUACAUUACUGGCAGGGUGUUGGCUUGUGUAAUGGGAAUCAUUGUGCAUUUGUGAAAUAACUACACCUGGUGUUCGUUUCAUAUACUCUAAUCUUUAUUCAAAAUCUUGCUUACUUUUGUAUUUAUUUCUUGUGAAAGAAAAAAGUAGCUUAUACCA